ACAAGGUAUGCUGUUCUUUUCGUUAUUGGCUCAUUUAAUCAUAUCAUCAUAACCAUCCUUUGAAUCGGUACUAAUCAGCUCCAUUUUAAUACGAGUACUAGAGGUUUAGCGAUAAAUGGGUGUACUCAGGACUAGCGGAGGAAGGUGGGUAAAUUCUCAUUGUUUUACUCUGGUUCAUGCUGUUUCCCACGAUAAAAUCCAGUCUUCGGUUGUAUUUAGUACCGUAAUUGUCCCUGAGCAAAACUGUGAGUGUGGUAGACCUAACCUUACCACGUAGAGUUCUAUUUCCAAAAAUUCUUGAGGCUUUCUCAGAACUCUUGUGUGAAAAGGCUAAUUAAGGCCCUUCUUGCAUUCUCCGGCCUGUUCCUAUUCUCAGAGGGCUGCUAACACGUAAACUGAAACCGUUAAGUUGAGCCCUGAAUUUUAAGUCUUAUUGGAGAAGCUGGGAACCCUCUAGUUUCUAGAGAGGGGAAAUGGGACAGACUUUGUUAACAGACGAAAACUGGCAUUUCAUCGGGGCUCCAUGUUUCUUAGAAAGUGUUAUGUCUCUGUUUGGCAGGUGUGUCUGGACUUAAGUUUUGUAAGCAUCAUGCCAGCUGGAAGAGGCAUUUAGUUACCUUUCGCUACCUAGAUAAAGUGUUUUGGGAUUUAUGGUGUCAAAUUGUUAUUUUAAGGUUUAGAUUUGUGUGGCUGUCAGAAGAUGAGAUGGCCAUGUCAAAAUUCUUCAAGGCCUAAUUAAUUUUUACCUUAAGGCCCAGCCCAAGAUUGGAGGGGACAGUGAAUUCCAGGGUACUGUCUGGAUUUGUGGCAAUGAGUGAAGACUUACAGAAUCAAAAUGGUACAGGAAAGGAUGUUCAAAAUGAUCCAAUUCCUUCUCAUGUUAGAUAAUAGCAUUGAAACGAAGUCACUAAGUUUGUUAAUAGCAGAGACUAGCACAGAACAGGUCUCCAGGUCGUCCACAGUACCAUGUUUAAGUCAAAACAAGUUUCUUGGAGAAGUGAUUCUGGAGAAACUGCAAUUUAGGGAGAGGAAACAUGUUAAUUUUUGAGGGCUUUGAAGACUUUCUAACUUUGUGGGGUUUAUAAUAUUAAUAGGAAAAACUGUUAUGUAACUUAAACACUUCCAUAUGAGUAUUUCUUUUUAACAUUUGUAAUGCCAGCACUGGGGGCCAUACUUUGGAUAUAUAUUAAACACCUUGGAUAUAUAUUAUAUACCUUGCCUAACCUAUCUUUGGAUGUUUAAGGUUUUCAAUUCUUUUGUCCAUUUACUAAAUGGACUGAAUGGCCAGUAGGAAAGAAAUGUUUAGAUUCACUCAAAAUUUUCCCAGAUUCAUCAUGAUUAUAUCAGAGUCACCAAUGGACAGGUGGGUAACUCCUUUAUCAUGGUCCUCCUAUUCCUCUUCAUGGCUCAAAGGGGUAUUUUCCUAGGGGUUUAUGUUUUACUAAAAUAUAUGGAAAUUUCUCACAGGUGAUUCCUGAGCUGCAAGAUAAGGUCUUUUAAGACUUCUGUUUUCCAACUUUCCCUGUUCUGGCUUCAUAGUUUCUGUCCUUUCCCAAGAGCAGCAAAAAAUGAACAAGUAUCAGGGACCAGUAACAUUCAAGGAUGUUAUUGUGGAAUUCAGCCGGGAAGAGUGGCAGUUACUGAGCGCUGCUCAGAGGACCCUAUACAGGGAAGUGAUGCAAGAGAACUAUGGUCUCCUAAUCUCAGUGGGUUACCGUGUGAAAAAGCCGAAUGCAGUCUUCAAGCUGAAACAAGGAAAAGAACCGUGGAUAUUGGAAGUAGAAUUUCCACAUCGGAAUUACCCAGAAGACCUCUGGAAAAUUCAUGACCUAGGAGCGAAAUACCAGGAAAGCCGAGCUGAAAAUUCAAGGAAUGGAGAACUCACAAAACACCAGCAAACUCAAGCCAGAGAGAAAAUCCAUAAAUGCAAUGAAUGUGGAAAGUCCUUCUGCCAGAAGUCUAUCCUCCUAAUACAUCAGCAUAUUCAUUCAAAGGACAAACCCAGGGAAUGUGGGGAAUCUGGCUCUAGAAACGGAGACCGCACAGUACAACAGAAAACUCACACGAGAGAGAAAACCUAUGAAUGUAAAGAAUGUAAGAAAACUUUCUAUCACCUGUCAUCUCUUAGUAGACAUUUGAGGACUCAUGCAGGGGAGAAACCGUACGAAUGUAAUCAGUGUGAGAAAUCCUUCUACCAGAAGCCACACCUUGUAGAACAUCAGAAAACACACACAGGAGAGAAACCCUUUGAGUGUAAUGAAUGUGGGAAGUUCUUCUAUGUUAAGGCAUACCUCAUGGUACAUCAGAAAACACACACAGGAGAGAAACCGUAUGAAUGUAAGGAAUGUAGGAAAUCCUUUUCCCAGAAAUCACACCUCACAGUACAUCAGAGAACACAUACAGGGGAGAAACCUUAUAAAUGUAAGGAAUGUGGGAAAUUCUUUUCUAGAAAUUCACACCUCAAAACUCAUCAGAGAACUCACACAGGAGAGAAACCCUAUGAAUGUAAGGAAUGUGGGAAAUGCUUCUACCAGAAGUCAGCUCUCACAGUACAUCAGCGAACUCACACAGGGGAGAAACCCUUUGAAUGUAAUAAAUGUGGAAAAAACUUUUACUAUAAAUCAGACCUCACCAAACAUCAGAGAAAACACACAGGGGAGAAGCCCUAUGAAUGUCAUGAAUGUGGUAAAUCUUUCUCUGUGAAUUCAGUCCUCAGAUUACAUCAAAGGACACACACAGGGGAGAAACCCUAUGAAUGUAAGGAAUGUGGGAAAUCCUUUUCUCAGAAGUCACAUUUUAUCAUACAUCAGAGAAAACACACAGGGGAGAAACCCUAUGAAUGUCAGGAGUGUAGGAAAACUUUUAUUCAGAAAUCAAAACUUACUGCACAUCAGAAGACACACACAGAGGGAAAAAGCUGAUAAAUACUAUGAACAGGGAACUUAUUUUGGAAUUCAUCCUUCAGAAUAACUGGAUAAUUCACACAAGACAAAAAGCUUAGGAAUAUCA